UUAUACAUUGGCAAGAUGAAGUUCAUUAUUUUCACUACUUUCGUUAUGAUUGCUGUGAUUAUGGCUGCUUCUCAAGCAGAAAAGCAAACGUGCAGUCCUAUGGGUAAAACUUGCGAAUCGAAUAGUGAUUGUUGCCGUGCUUUGAGAUGUAAACUUGACAGUGGCGAAUGUGUGCCAAUAGGUGGUACAGCAUUACCCGGACUAGAUACAAGACCUAUUGGUCCUGGACCAUAUCCAUCAAAUCUUCUAAGAGACUAACGUGAUUAAUACGCUUAACGCUUUUUUAUAUAUUGACUAUGGCAUUAUUUUCUGAGAGUUUCUGUUAUAGCUUACUUAAAUAAACAUAUUAAAGCAUUCAA